CCGAGGGAGGCGGGGGGGCGGGCGGGGCCACCCUUGACUCACGGCCGGGCCCGGCGGAAGCGGCGCCCGGUGCCCGGGGCGGAGCGGGGCGGAGCGGAGCCCGGUGCGGGGCAGCCCGGGAAGGAGCCGGUGAGCGGGGCGGGCCCGACCCUCCCGGUGCGAGCCGGCCCGGUAGGGGGCUUUCCCGGGGGACACGGGGCUGCCCGGAGCGGGGUCUGCCGGGGGGGCACGGGGUUGCCCGGUGCGGGGUGUCCCCGGAGGGAACGGGGCAGCCCGGCGCCGGUUCUCCCGGUAAGCAGCAGGGCUGCCGGUGCGGGGUGUCCCCGGGGGGGAACGGGGCUGCCCGGUGCGGGGUCUGCCGGGGAGGGCACGGGGCUGCCCGGUGCGGGGUAUCCCUGGGGGGGACCAGGGAGGUCCAGUGGGGAGUAUCCCGGUAAGCAGCAGGGCUGCUGGUGCGUGGUCUCCCGGGGGGGACCGGGGCUGCCCGGUGUGGGAUAUCCCCGGGGUGCAACAGGGCUGCCCGGUGCGUGGUCUCCCGGGGGGGGGACCGGGGCUGUUUGGUGCAGAUUGCCCGGUACCGGCUACAGGCUCUCCCGGGGGGGGGCAUUAGGGCAGCCCAGUGGAAGGUUAGGGGCUUUCCCGGUAAGGACAAGGACAGCUCGGUGUAGGGUGCGGGGCUGUCCCCGUGCUCAGCGUGAGCCCCCACCAUGGACCAGCCCGCUCCAGCCACGGAGGUACCAGGGCCCCCGCCGGUCACCGGGAGCUGCUGGCAGGACCCGCUGGCGGUGGCGGGCACAGCGGGCCGCCCGGUGUGCAGGCCCCGGGGCCGAGCAAGCGGGCGGCGGGCGCUGAGCAUCGUCUGCGUGCUGGGCCGGGAGCCAGCCGCGUGCCCCGCGCUGCGCAGCCUGUGUGACGCCUGCUGUCACCUGCGGGCACGCCUGCACACCCUGCCCUUCGGCACCCUGGCGCUGGGCGACACCGGCACCCUCGACCGCUUCUACAACGCAGAUGUGGCCGUGGUGGAGCUGAGUGACUCCAUCUGCCAACCCUCCCUCUUCUACCACCUGGGCGUCCGUGAGAGCUUCAAUAUGUCCCACAACAUUCUGCUGUGCUGCCAGGCCGACCUGCCCCUCCUCCAGGCCCUGCGGGAGGACAUCUGCCAGAAGAACUCGGACCUCUGUGGCAGCUACACCUUCAUCCCCUACGCAGUCACCCCCCAGGACAAGGUCGUCUGCUGUGACGACAGGGCCAUGAAGUGCCCGACAGAGCUUUUCCAGCCCAGCUUCGAGGCGGAGGAUGCCUUCACCCCGCUGGCAGCCCGGCUCGUCCAGCUGCUGGAGGGGAUCCCCACCAACUCCUGUGGGUAUUUUCGGGAGACAAUCCGGCGGGAUAUCCGGAGGGCACGGGAGAUGUACCGGGGGGAGCAGCUGAGCCGGGAGCUGGCCCGCAUCCAGCAGCGCCUGGACAGCGUGGAGCUGCUCAGCCUGGACAUCGUGGUGAACCUCCUCCUCUCCUACCGCGACGUGCAGGAUUACGAUGCCAUAGUCUCGCUGGUGGAGACUCUCCAGGCGCUGCCAACCUGCACCGUGGCCGAGCAGCACAAUGUCCGCUUCCACUACGCCUUCGCCCUCAGCCAGCGUAACGGUGCCGGGGACCGGGAGAAGGCUCUGUCGGUGCUGCUGCCCGUGGUGGAGCGUGGGGAGGGGGCUGCGCCUGACCUCCUCUGCUUGUGCGGCCGCAUCUACAAGGACAUGUUCAUCAGCUCCAGCUUCACUGACACCAAGAUGAGGGACCAGGCUUUGUACUGGUACAGCAAAGCCUUCGAGGUGGAGCCGAGCCUCCACGCAGGCAUCAACGCUGCCGUCCUCCUCGUUGCUGCCGGCCACCAGUUUGAAACCUCCGUGCAGCUGCAGCAGAUCGGGGUGAAGCUGAGCUGCUUGCAAGGUCGCAAGGGCAGCCCGGAGGAGCUGUGCUACUACUGGGAUGUGGGCUUUUGCCUUGGAGCCGGCAUCUUGGCCAACGACCUCAGCAAAGUCAUCCAAGCUUCUGAGAAGCUCUACAAGCUCAACGCACCGGGCUGGUACCUGGUCUCGGUCAUGGAGACCUUCCUGCUCUACAAACACUUCCAGAGGAGCCCACAGGUCCCCUCUGCCCGGCAGGAGCUGGCUGAUUUCUGGCUGGGCUUCCUCCUCAAGGCAUGCCAGCCCUUCGUUGCCACGCCACACUGCCCGGUCCUGGUCCUGGAGCUCAGCAAGGUCCUGCAGCCAGCCCGGCUGGCACUGCAAGGUGGCACAGAGGAGCCUGCCCUGAUGCUCACCCUUGUCUGCCCCACAGAGGAGAAAGCAGCAUCAAGCUGGACCUUUGCGGCCACGGCCAUCCGGGGCGUCAGCAUCUGCAAGUGCGACGAACGGGGCUGCUUCCUCUACGUGAUGCACGCAGAGGAGGAUUUCCAGCUCUACUUCCCCUCCCAGCAGCACUGCCAGUGGUUCUGCGACCAGAUCCAGUCCCUCCUGGCCGAGCAGGCGGCGGGCAGCGAGGAGGUGCCCAGCCCCACACAGCCCAUCCUGGAGUACAGCUAUGAGUACUCGGAGGCGGGCGAGCGGGUGGUCCUGGGCAGGGGGACAUACGGGGUCGUCUACGCCGGGCGCUGCCUCAGCAACCAAGUGCGCAUUGCUAUCAAGGAGAUCCCAGAGCGGGACAGCCGGUUCUCACAGCCCUUGCACGAGGAGAUCGCCUUGCACAAGCACCUGCGGCACAGGAACAUCGUGCAGUACCUGGGCUCCAUCAGCCAGGGUGGCUUCAUCAAGAUCUUCAUGGAGGAGGUGCCAGGAGGGAGUCUGUCAUCCCUGCUGCGCUCCAAGUGGGGACCCCUGAAGGACAACGAACCCACCAUCGUCUUCUACACCCGCCAGAUCCUCGACGGGCUCAGCUACCUCCACGAUAACCACAUCGUGCACCGGGACAUCAAGGGAGACAAUGUCCUCAUCAACACGUACAGCGGGGUGCUGAAGAUCUCUGACUUCGGUACCUCCAAGCGGCUGGCGGGCAUCAGCCCCAGCGCCGAGACCUUCACGGGCACUCUGCAGUACAUGGCCCCAGAAAUCAUCGACCAGGGGCCGCGGGGCUAUGGGAAGCCAGCAGAUAUCUGGUCCUUGGGCUGCACCAUCAUCGAGAUGGCCACAGGCAAGCCCCCCUUCUAUGAGCUGGGCAGCCCCCAGGCUGCGAUGUUCAAGGUGGGCAUGUUCAAGAUGCACCCGGAGGUGCCCAAGUCCAUGUCGGACGAAGCCAGAGCAUUCAUCCUGCGCUGCUUCCAGCCCGACCCAGCCGAGCGGGCAACAGCUGCCGCGCUGCUGCAGGAGCCCUUCCUCGCCGAUGCCAGGAGGGCUCGGAGCCGGCCCGUGCCCCCGGCGGGGGGUGACCCCCCCCACCUUGGGCAGCAGGGUGGAGAUGUGGAGGGCAGCGAUGGGACCAGGGGAUGUUCCUCAGCCAGGCAGGAUGCCCCGGUGAGGGGCACAGCGGGCAGCCCCCUCCUCCCGUGCCACCCCGGUGAGGCAGCCUCCAGCCGCAGCAACUUGGGUACUGCCCAGGGCUCAGCCAGCUCCGACCACAGCCUGCGCUCGUCCUCCCUCGAGGAGAGCGGGGACCGGUUCCUCCUGCGGAAGGACAGCAAGCGCCGGGCCACGCUGCACCGUGUCCUCGCCGCCGAGGCACCAGGCAUCAUCGCGGCCUUGGAGGAGAGCCAGAGCACGGCAGGGGCGAGGUUGGGCUCGGAGCAUCUCGCCCAGCUGCUGAGCUGCCUGCGGAGCUACAUCCAGCGCCCCAGCCAGGACCAGCUGCGCCAGGACCUCCUGGCACUGCAGACCCGGCUGCGGGCAGAGGGGCUGAGCCUCCCCCACCUCCAGGCUCCCCUCUUCGGCUUCCAGGCAGCGGUGAGACGGAUCCUGCGCCGGCAUCACAUCAAACCCCACUGGAUGUUUGCACUGGAUGAUGCCAUGAGCCAGGCGGUGCAGGCAGCUUUCACCAUGCUGGUGAGAGACCUGGGACUGAAGGCCAGCUGUGUGGCAGGGGACAGCACCAAGGACACGAGUGACAAGGAUGACUCUGUGCUGCCAAGGCUGUUCAUCCCCAGGAGCCAACCCCAGCAGGACAGCCCCAAUUCGGGGCUCAGCACUGGCCCCACCACCCAGCCAGACCCCCUGCCCUCCCUGCAGGCACCCUCGGUGCUGGUGGCACAGCUCUGCCGUCUCCGCAUGGAGACAAGCAGGCUGCUCCAGGAGCUGGCCAAGAAGGAGCAGGAGUGGCAGCGGUUGAUGCAGCAGGCUCUUCACCCCACGGAUGAGGACACCGGGGUCCCCAGCCAGCCCCAGCGCAGGGGUGAGCACGAGGAGGUUGCCCUGGGGUGCUUCACCCCUGGGCAGGGUCACUCGCCCCCGAGCCCCUCAGCCCAGGGACAAGCCGAUCCCCUUCUCCUUGAGUGGCUGCAGCAGCAUGGCACGGACCCGGUCACCACGGCCACGCUCCUCUCCCACGGCUUCACCCUGCGCGACCUCCUGGGCUGUGCCACCCCUGAUGACCUCUUCUACGUGGGCAUCAGCCCCUGCGUCCCCGCAGGCGUGGGCUGGCGUACCGCCUCUGGGCAGCCAUCCUAGAGCAUCGCCAGACCCUCACCCAGCGGGAAGGGGAGUGAGCCCCCACCCCAGGGCUGGGACCCGGCCCAGGGGCUGGCAGGACAGCGAUGGAGGGGACAGCCCCACACCAGGAGCAGCAGCUCCAGCCCCACACCAGAGGGAGAACUCAGGGUACGGUGCCCACAGCAAUAAACAGCUGCCAAAUGUGC